AGGACAGAAGGUGCGGGGAGCGGCCGCCGAGCGGAAGGAGGCGAGGACCCGUUCAGAACUCCAUCCCACGGGGAAUGGACCACCAGGUGAACGGCGUCAUGGCCGAGAAGCACAGCCCCAUCGACUACGGGGUCCAGAUCCGGUUCAUCGACGACCUGAAGGAGCCCAGCAAGUCCCAGAAGAUCCGCCCCAAGGCCGCCAAGCCGGGUUCUUACGGCGUGGCCGUGCGGGUCCAGGGCAUCGACGGGCAGCCGUUCGUGGUCCUCAACAGCGGGGAGAAAGGCGGGGACUCUUUCGGGGUGCAGAUCAAAGGCGAGAGCAAAUACGGGGCGCCGGCCCGGAACCAGCAGCCCGAGGAGCCCUUCCUGGGUUCCCCUGGCACGGCGUCGUCAUCCAAGGAUGCCUCGGGAUCCAUCAGCUCGGACUCCGAUCUCCCGGAGAACCCGUAUGGAGCAAAACUGCCUCGCUCCGGCUCCCAGUACAGCACGUCCGACGAGGAGCAGGGCCCGAGGCGCUGCACCCGGGUGCCGAAAUCGGACAGCCUGGAGACGGCCUCCUCCUGUCAGAGCAACGGGUCCUCCCGUCCCCGGGGCGGCGGCGGCUGCAGGACGUUACCCCACAAAAAGUCCUUCGGGGAUCAGCUGCGGAGGACUCAGUCUCACAGCUCCUUGCCGAGCCCCGAUUCGGAGGAGCCCCGCGUGCCCAGCCCGCCCAGCGCUCGGCCCACCCACGCUUCCCAGCCGCCCCCCACGGGGAGAACCGCGAGGAGCGCCAGCAUGAUGAACCUCGCCGGCAGGCGAGCGCCCAGCCCGAGAGACGGAGUCGGCAGCGUCUCCGGUCUGCGGCCCGUCAGCAAGCAGCCGUUGCUGGAGGCGGAGGAGCCGUCUCUGCCCCCGCCGGCGAACGAGGGUGGUGGCAGUGGCGGUGCGGGCGACAUCGACACCAAGCCGCUGUCUUCGGUGGACUCCCUGAUCAACAAGUUCGACGGGAAGGCCACGCAUAGAGGCAGGGCCUCCCGGAGGAGCCGGGUCUUCCCGGAGGACCGGAAGCGCUCGCAGAGCCUGGACGGAAGGGCGCCGUACCACGACAUGGUGGACUGUCGGGAGCUAGACGUCGGCGGGCGCCAGGCGAGCUUCGGAGGCGGGCCCGUGGCUUCGACGGCCAAGCCGCUCGGCUCGGCCGGCCCGACGGGAAACCGGAGCCGCAGCUCGGCCGCCGGGCCGCAGCCAAAAGAGAACGGGGUGGACAAGUCCAGACUGACCCGGGAGUGGGUCGAUAAGAGCCUGGAGGAGCCGGCGAUGGACAAGCCGCUGAGCAAAGUGCAGCCAGACCUGCAGCUAAAGUCUACCCCGGACCUUCUGAAGGACCAACGGGAGCUCUCUCAGCCGGGGAGCAGCGAGCACACGAAGGCGCUGAUCUACGGGAUUCUGAAGGACGGGAGCACAGAAAGCGAAAGCUCCGUGAAGAGGAAAACGAACCUUGUCUUUGAGAAAAUCCAAGCCCUGGCUGCCGUUCCUUCGGUGGAUCCGAGAUCUUCCCUGCCACAGCCCAGCGAGCUGCAGCGGAAGUUCGAAGAGCUGCAGCACAAACUGGACGAGGAGACCAAGGUGAGGAUAGAGCCUCUUCCGGGGAGACGCCAGGGGAAGGGGACAAGGCCCGGGGGCUUCCGUUGGCCAGUUUGUUCUUUUGGUUCCUCGCGCCGUCGGCUUCGAGAGGCCUUCGAGAAGAAGACGCAGGAGCUGCAGAGCAGCCUGAAGGAGCUGAAGGAGGCGAAAAUGCUCAAAGAGCAGACGGCGGCGAAGGUGGCCGACUUGGAAGAGCAGCUGACAGAGAUGCAGGACGAGCUGGACCGCUUCCGGGAGCCCUCGGGGGACACCCCUAGCCGGGAAUCCUUGCUGCAGGAGCUGCUGGAGACCCGGGAGGAGCUGGAGGCGGUGCUGAGCGCCCGGCAGAAGCAGGAGGAGCAGCUGCACCAGCGGGAGCGGGAGCUGACGGCCCUGAAGGGGGUCCUGAAGGAGGAGGUGGCCAGCCACGACAAGGAGCUGGACCGGCUCCGGCAGCAGUACCAGGAAGACGUGGAGCACCUGCGGCGCAACAUGGAGGGCGUGUCGCAGGACCAGGCCAGCCUGGAGGCCGAGAGGCAGAAGAUCAACUCGGUGGUGAGGAACCUUCAGAGGGAGUUGGAGGAGAGCAACGAGGAGACCGCCCACUGGAAGGAGAUGUUUCAGCGGAACAAGGAAGACCUGCGGAGCACCAAGCAGGAGUUGAUGCAGGUGAAGGCGGAGCGCGAGGAGUUUGAGGAGGAGCUGAAGGAGAUGCGCGAACGCUUCUCGGCGAUGCGGCAGGAGGCGGAUCAGGCCCGGAACGGUGCUGGGGAUGCGAGUGAGGCCGACUCCCUCCGGAAGGAACUCCGGGAGGUUUGCGAACGGCUGCGGGAGCUGCUGUUGGAGAAGCAGGCCCAGGAGGAACUGCUCCGCCAGCGGGAGAGGGAGCUGGCCGCCCUGAAGGGGGCGCUGCAGGAGGAGGUGGCCAGCCACGACCAGGAGGUGGAGGAGCUGAAGCGGCAGUUCCGGGAGAACGUGCAGAAGCUCCAGAGGGACUACGAGGAGGCCUCCAAGGUGAAGGCUGCCUUGGAAGGCGAGAAGGAGACGACAGAACAGACGAAGAAGGCCGUGGAGUCCACCCUGCGGGAGACGCAGGAGGAGAACGACGACCUCCGCCGGAAGAUCCUGGGCCUGGAGACGCAGCUGAAGGAGCACCGGCACUUUGCGGAAAACUGGCAGAGCACCGAAGCCAGGCUGAAGGAGAAGGUGGCUAAGCUGGAGGCCGAGCGCCGGCAGAUGGAGGAGUCGCUGGGGGACGCCACGGAGCAGGAACAGGAGCUGCUGCUGUCCAAGCGGUCCCUGGAGAGCCGCCUGGAGGAGGCCCAGAGGAGCUUGGCCCGCCUCUCGCGGGAGCACGAGGACCUGACCGCCUCUUACCACGAGGAGGCCAAGCAGAAGGAGCAGCUGAAGAGGGCCAAGGGCGAGCUGGAGGAGGAGAAGCGGCUCCUGGACAAGAGCAUCGGGAAGCUGACCAGGGAGCUGGAUCAGAUGACGGAAGAGUCCCACCGGGCCCUGUCUGCCCUGCAGUCGCAGCUGGAGGAGUACAAGGAGAAGUCCCGCAAGGAGAUCACAGACUCCCUGAAGAGAGUGGCUGCGGUGGCUCAAGUGAUGCGACUCAAGCAAGCCCUGCAGGACAGCCAGGCCGAGCGGGAGAACGCCGUGUUGGACAAGGAGCUGCUGGCUCAGCGCCUCCACAACCUGGAGCAGGAGAUGGACUCCAAGCGGCGGUCCCAGGACGAUCGAUCCCGGCAAAUCAAAGCCCUGGAGGACAAAUCGAAACGGCUCGAAGUGGAACUGGACGAGGAAAGGAAUACGGUCGAGCUGCUAACGGAGAGGAUCAACCGUACCAGAGACCAGAUCGACCAGUUGCGUGCCGAGCUGUUACAGGAGCGUGCCGUCCGGCAGGACCUGGAGUGUGACAAGAUCUCUCUGGAGAGGCAGAACAAAGACCUCAAGAGCCGCCUGGCCAGCUCCGAAGGGCUGCAGAAGCCGAGCGCCAACGUCUCGCAGCUGGAGUCGCGCAUCCAGGAUCUGCAGGAGAAGCUGCAGGUCGAAGAAAGAGAGAAGAACAUUCUAGUGUCGUCCAACCGCAAGCUGGAGCGGAAGGUGAAGGAGCUGACCAUCCAGAUCGAUGACGAGAGGCAGCACAUCAACGACCAGAAAGACCAGCUGAGCCUGCGGGUCAAGGCGCUGAAGAGGCAGGUGGACAGCGCCGAAGAGGAGAUCGAACGGCUGGAGGCCGCCCGGAAGAAGGCCCAGAGGGAGGUGGAGGAGCAGCAUGAGAUGAACGAACAGCUGCAGAGCCGGAUCAAGGCCCUGGAGAAGGACCUCUGGCGCAAGGCAGCCCGCUCCACAGCAGAGUCCUCCCUGAAGGAUGACCACUUGAGCUCGGACGAGGAGUUCGACAGCGCAUACGGCCCGUCCUCCAUUGCGUCCCUCCUGACCGAGGGGAACCUCCAGACCAGUUCCUGCUAGCGGCGUUGGGCUGGGAGGACCAGGCGGGGGGGAGGUAUGCCUCAGCCCUCCUCGUCGAAGCCCCCGAGUGGACCCGGGGACACCCAUUCAGAAAACCGUCCCCUCGCAAACAGAAGGACGUUGCAUCUAUCAGGCUCAGGAGUAGACCCCUUGGGGCCUUUUCCGUGAUAAAAGUGGACCUCUUAUCGAUGUGAAGGAAAGAUUUAUAUUUUUUUGCUGGGGGAGAGGCGGUGUGUAAAAUAGCAGGUGGGGAAUUGAUUAUAUUUAACCUAUAUCGUUUCUUGAUCUGGUACUCAGGGCAUUGGUGGAAAAUGAAUGAUCUAAAGCCAAAACAAAAGCGGUUCUCUUUUCUUAACCAAAUUUUAAUCUUUCUGUGUAUAUAGGGGCCUAAACAUCUAUGUAUGUAUGUAAAAUGCAUGAAUACUGAAAUCAAUGUGCAAUAAGGAG